AUGUUAGGAAGGAGAGUGUUCAAUGAUGAGAAUCAUGGUAAUGACCCUAAAGCGGAUGACUUCAAGAAUAUGAUUCUUGAAGCAAUGGUGUUAGGUGGAGUUUUCAACAUUAGUGAUUUCAUUCCUUCAUUGGAAUGGUUAGACCUUCAAGGAGUUCAAGCCAAAACCAAAAUAUUACACAAGAAAUUUGAUGCAUUCUUAACAAACAUUAUUGAGGAACAUGAGACUUCUAAUUCUAAGAGUGAAAAACAUAAGGAUUUGCUGACUACUUUGUUGGCACUUAGAGAUAAAGGAGAUGAUGAAGGAAAUAAACUCACCAAUAUUGAGAUCAAAACACUUCUUUUAAACAUGUUUGUAGCUGGAACAGAUACAUCAUCAAGCCGAGACAGGAACGUGAAAGAAGAGGACAUACAAAACCUACCUUACCUACAUGCAGUCAUAAAAGAAACAUUUCGUUUGCAUCCAUCAACACCUCUUUCCCUUCCAAGAAUCGCUUCAGAAAGUUGUGAGAUAUUUGGAUACCACAUUCCUAAGGGUGCAACUGUUUUGAUUAACGUAUGGGCCAUAGCUCGUGACCCAAAACAAUGGGAUGACCCAUUAGUAUUCAAGCCCGAAAGAUUCUUACAAGGAAGUGACAAGUGUGAUGUUGAUAUUAAGGGAAAUAAUUUUGAAGUUAUACCUUUUGGUGCUGGACGUAGAAUUUGUGUUGGGAUGAGUCUUGGGCUUCGUACGGUUCAACUUUUAACUGCUACGUUGGCCCAUUCGUUUAAUUGGGAACUUGAAAAUGGACUCAAACCUGAAAAUAUGAACAUGAAUGAAGCUUUUGGACUUACUCUUCAACGAGUUGUGCCGUUAUCUGUGUACCCUAAAUGUAGACUCUCGCCUAAUGUGUAUUCAUCAAGUUUCUGA